AUGAUCCGCGUGUAUGUUGCUGCAGUAUCUACUAUCCUUUGCGCGGUCGCGGAAAGGCCUGUGACGUAUCCGAUCCAAUGGGAUGAUGUACCGUUGAAACAGCCACCCGCGCGCGUGCUUUCGUCUCCCUACCUUGGAAGGUGUGCCUGUGAUGACACUUGGGGGUCGUGUGACCCAAAUUGUUGUUGCGAUGAUGACUGUAGUGCAAGCGAGCGAAACAAGUUCCACUUUUGUUUGAGGGAAGGUUGGACCAACCAUACGCUGGAACGUUGCCAACAAAGUUUCACCCCCACAAAGACUACUGUGGGAGAAAGGGGCUAUAUUAAUAAAUCUAUUAUUGGGCACCGUGCUUUGUGUAUCAUUAAGUCAAACAACGUGGGCGACAUGAGCCCCUUUUUCACCCUUCCAGAAAAGGUUUCGAACCCUUUUGGGGCACACCGUCGCAAUCGUCUUGGCUCUAGCAACCCGAAGUCAUACGAGGUGAAUGGUAUAGUGAACGCUUUCAAAAAGACGGAGUCAUCUGACUCGGUGCAUGGGUUAAGAAAUGCCGGCUUUCUUAGCAUUCCCUCCUCCAGUUGGGAUGGGUACUGCGUGCCAAAUUCAAAGCAGAUCCGUUUUAUGAAACCGAUAGAUUCUACAACAUGUAUUUAUUCCGGAGAAAGAAUUUGUGCUCAUUUCCCAACGACGUCGUUUGCGGACUUGCUUUUGGGGAGUGAAGGGAAUACAAACCCCAGGGGGCUUAUUCCCAUAAUUCUCCAGGUUAUUGAUGAUGUGACGGGUGAAAUCCUAGCCGACAUCGGUCCCGAAUCGAGUCUUCCACGGGAGUUGAAUAGCGCGGUUAAGAAUGGCAUAUGCGAAAGGGCUGUCGUCCGAGCUCGGCAUUCUAUUCUGUACAGUUCUGAAGGAGCAAACUUGUUUAUAGUAAAUGCAACGUCGCGGUUGUAUACUCGCCACUUGAAUACGAAUGCUAUUGUUUCCUUGCUGUUUCAGAUGGAGUUUUUCAAGGCAGGUACCCGCCCCCCUCUUAACUAUUUUUCAGGAAAUAUUGGGUACUUGUGUGGUUCCCGGAUACGGGCGGGUGCACUCGUCGAGGAAGGUGGUAAGGUUGGUAUCGCUGAGAGGGUUUCAGGAUUUUCUGUCCCGGGGACCGGGGCCUCUUGCUUUAACCGUAGGUAUAGGAAAGUUGGAUUUUUACACAGUGUGAUAGGUGGUGGUUGCACAGUUCAAAUGUCUGAGAGGGAGUUACGGGACAUAUGUCGUCAGAACGGAACGGGCAAGCUUUUACGCAGCAUUUUGGGUAUUGAUACCUUAACACUACGCGACUUCGAUGAUACGAAUCCAAUCGACCACAUAGCAAAAACUGCAGACGCACACACUAACGACACGUCAAGCUGGUUGCCACUUAGGGGAUUGGAUUUUGAUGACAUCGUACCUGAACCCUAUGAUCUCAUCGAAAGGAGGUGCCGGAAUGUUUACGUGGGGCUGAACUACAGUUUUGUGAUAUCCCAGGUCGGUGCUGUGGGCAAUCCUCAAGACGUGAUUGUAGGUGCCUUUGUGGACCCCAUUAUUGGCUCUUGGAUGAUCCGUAAUGUUACUGAUUUUACAAUUAACGCCACUUCUACCCAAAGAUUUCGGUUUUCGGUGUCUUUCACUAGGCUAGACCGGCUUACAAACCCGAUUGUUGGUCGCAAAGUGGUUUCUCCAUCGAUUUUCCCGCGUUUAGACGAUUCAGUUUUUCACCCCUUUAAAUGA